AAACCGCAGGGUGGCGGGGGAGGGGGAGAGAGGUAGAGCCUGGGGGAGUCAAUAUGAGGAAAGUGUGAAAUGAAUGCCCGUUAAAGGCGGUGAACGGACCCUUUCAUUCAUUCAUCGUCUACGUUCCCUCUCUUUUCCAGUUCUCUUCUCUCCAUAGACAUAGUGCAAGCAAAAACUCAGAAGAAAAAUCAAGCAUAACAGUUGACGCACCAACACAAGGAGCUCCCACUUCUUGAUUCCAAACCAAAAUGUUGCAAUGGCUCAAGCAGCUGCAAGCUGCGUUCGGGGCUUCAUUUCUCUGGCUCAUUUGCUUGGUUUACUUUACCCAGGGUUUCAGAUCUUUUGUGUGGACAGCAGUUUCCUAUCAGCUGAAAGAUAGACUUAAAUUGUCACCCUCAGCCUCCCAAUUUGUGUUUUCAGUAGCAUUUUUCCCUUGGAGCAUAAAACCACUUUAUGGAAUUUUAUCUGAUUGUGUUCCAAUUAAAGGGAGAAAAAGGAUUCCAUACUUGGUGAUUGCAACCCUGCUCUCUCUCUUGCCAUGGCUCAUUUUAGGCUCCAGCACAUACCUGAGGAGUUCCAGAGGGCACCUCACAAUGUUUUUGACUGCUCAAAACCUUGGCUCAGCAAUGGCAGAUGUUGUUGUAGAUGCAAUGAUUGCGGAGGCAGUAAGAUUUGAAUGGGCUGCAUUUGCUGGAGACCUUCAGUCAAUGUCUUGGUUAGCGAUGGCAUUAGGAGGAAUCUUUGGAAGCUUGUUUGGAGGAUAUGCAUUGGCUACAUUACAGAUAGAUAAAAUUUUUCUUUUGUUCUCCUUACUUCCUGCCACACAACUAUUAUCAUGCGGUUUGGUCCAGGAGAAUUUUGUUGGCUCUAAAGUUUUGUCUGAACCAUCUAAAUCCGGGGGCCCCCUAUUGUUAAAUGGAAAUGGUAGUUUUUCUGAUGAAGAUGUAUUCUUAAUUGGGAAGAACAAAACCAGUGCUUCAAAGAGGAAGAAGAGUCAAAAGAAGAGCAAAAAAGGUGCAGCCACAAAAAGUAAAUCUCAGAAUGUGAGGAAGGAGGGUUCAUUGGCACUUCGAUCGUUCAACUCGUUAAAGUUGGCCAUUUAUAGCUUAUGCCGUGCUUUUAAGCAGCCAAUUAUUCUUAGACCAAUGGCUUGGUUUUUUCUAGCACAUGUUUCCAUUCCAAACUUGUCAACGCCGAUGUUUUAUUACCAGACAGAGUCCUUGAAAUUGGAAGCAUCCUUUUUAGGGACAGCACGGGUUGUUGGCUGGGUAGGCCUUAUGUUGGGAACUUUUACUUAUAAUCGUUACCUGAAGAACAUGAAGUUGCGCAGAAUUCUCACGUGCGCUCAUAUUGGUUUGUUUAUUUUGAGUUUCCUUGAUAUUGUUUUGGUGUCUCGAUUGAAUCUAGCAUAUGGCAUAUCGGAUAAGAUCAUGGUUCUCUGUGGGACAGCUCUUACCGAUGCUGUCAAUCAACUCAAGUUUAUGCCAUUCUUGAUUUUAUCUGGACAGCUAUGCCCUCCAGGAAUUGAAGGAACCCUAUUUGCACUUUUUAUGUCAAUAAACAAUUUUGGAUCUACAGUUGGAUCAUUUGUAGGUGCUGGGUUGGCUUCGGUUUUAAAUAUCUCAUCAGGCUCUUUCGACAACCUUCUUCUGGGCGUGACUAUUCAAACGCUCUGCACUUUGAUCCCAAUUGCCUUCCUAUUUUUGAUACCAAAGGAAGCUACAGGUAUAUCAGCAUAGAGGACAGAUCAUACAACAGAGAAUGAGAUAGGAGCAUUUAGCAAUGAUACAGAAUUCUUCUUUCUUGCCGCCUUUUUGGAGAAAUUUUGUCUGGAGAAACAAGCAGUUGAGUUAUAGAGCUCGGAUUGUAAUCUGUACACCAAUUUAUUUUGAAAUACAAAUGUUACUGCUAAUGGCGAUCACAAUGUGGAUAAAAUAAAAGGGACAAAUUGAGGAAUCAGCAGACAGUUUAUAAGUCCCAUUGCAUUUGGACCCUGGUUUGCACCAUCUCCAAAAAGAAAAAAUCGCAUGCUUGCACACGACUGUUAUUUAGUCGAAUGUUCAUAAUCACAUCGAGGACAUAGUGGUAUCCAUUCAAGCACCUGAUAUGGAAGAUCAUGAGUUUGUAUUCAGUCAUUCCGCUGUUUUGUAGGAGGAUUUAAUGACAACCUUGCAUCCUUUAAAUAAACUCAUUUUCAUGUA